AUGCGCCAGCAGUAUAAUCUACUUACUGCUAUUAGAACUUCCAAUGGAUUGAUAUGGGAAUCAUUGCUACUAUCCAAGGUCUCAAAAUCGCUCUAUCACGCUUCAGUGGGUGAUCACACUUGUAUUGAGGCCGUAUUGAUUAGCAAGUCCAUCUCAGCUUCUUCUUCGCCAAUGACUAAUGGCUAUUAG